AUGGCUUACGGCGCGGUUGAAUCAACUGCCAACGAGCAGAGUCACGACGACAUCCAAACGACUCCGGGAGAUCAAACAAUACCAUCAGACUCACAUCCGGCAAGCAAUGAUGAAGAAAAUCCGCUGCUUAGUCCGGGCGACACAGGUCAAAAAUUGACCAACAUUGGCAGCAUUAUCGCAGUGCUUUUGCUCGGCGAAUUCAUCUCCAAUGCAGAUGCCACGAUCAUCAUGGCGGCUGCAGCGCCGAUCGCGUCCCAAUUUGGCCGACUACACGAUGCAAACUGGCUCUCUACUGCGUAUACACUAGGAUCGUGUGCCUCCCAGCCUGUGUAUGGGAAACUCAGUGACAUCUAUGGCCGAAAGGCUUUGCUCCUGGUAUCCUACUUUCUUCUCGGAUUGGGCUGCCUUAUCUGUGGAAUUGGGCAUGUUAUGCCGAUAGUAAUUCUAGGUCGUAUCAUCAGUGGCAUGGGUGGCGCCGGUAUCAUGGCCAUGAGUUCGAUCAUUAUCACAGACAUCGUCCCGCGGAGAGACGUUGCUUCCUGGAGAGCCUACGUGAAUAUAUCCAUGACUCUGGGCCGAAGUGCCGGUGGCCCGCUUGGCGGAUGGUUGACAGACACGAUCGGAUGGCGCUGGGUUUUUCUUUUACAGACUCCCCUAUUGGCACUUGCCUCGCUGCUUGUCGUGAUUUUUCUCAAGGAAAUUCAACAACACAAAAUUUCCCAAAAUGGCAAGAACACUUCAUCCAUCCGUCGAGUGGAUUUUCUCGGCACUUUAGUCCUGGCUGUUGCUAUUGUCGCAAUAAUCCUUCUCUUCGACCGCGGCGGACAAGCUUUCCCCUGGCUGUCUCCGUAUGCAUUCGGUCUUGCUACUACCGGUAUUCUGUUUUUGGUACUGUUCGUAUAUGUCGAAAAACACGUCGCUUCCGAGCCUAUCUUUGACUUGGGCAUCUUCCGCAAACCCAACAUCGUGCCCAGUUUUUUGAUCGGCGGACUGCAAACAUCCGCUCAAGUUGGUAUGAUGUUCACCGUACCACUGUACUUCCAGGUCGUGAUGGGCACCACCUCGACCGUUGCCGGUGGACAUCUCGUCCCAGCCGUUUUGGGUAAUAUGAUAGGGGGCUUAUUCGCGGGGUUCUUUAUUCGACGCACUGGUCGCUACAAGCCCGUUCUCAUCCUGGCUGGCCUUCUUGCUUCUGUCUCAUAUGUUCUCCAAUACUUCCUUUGGAAUGGACGUACAGUAUUCUGGGAGUCGUUUUAUAUUACUCCCAGUGGUAUGGGAACAGCGUUUGCAUCCGCUGCUGCUUUUGUUGGUAUGACAUCUUUCUUGCAACCGACUGAAAUUGCCAUGGCAACGGGAGGGUACAUUUUAUUCUCGACCUUUUCUGUGACUGCUGGUGUGACUGCAACGAACACGGUCUUGGGUAUCACGUUCAAGAGAGAAAUGGAGCGGGGACUACGUGGACAGCCAGAUAUGGAGAAGAUCAUCCGUCGUGCCAUGUCCGAUACAUCCUACAUUGCCAGUCUCACAGGAAGAAUCCGGGAGAUUGUUCUACAGAGCUACCUGUCUGGUUUACGCCAUACAUACAGUAAGUUCAACUUAGUCCUCAGGUCUUAA